AUGGGAGUGUGGAUGGUGCUGGCAGUAAAACAAGAGUCAAAUCACAGUACUGAUGGUCUAGGGGGUUCGGGGGACCGGAAAACUGGCCCACAAGUCUUCCCGACUUGUGGAGGUGACCGACAGUCUCCAGUCGAAGUUGUAUCUGACCUGGUGGAACCAGGCAGAGGUCUAACCGACUUCAACCUCAGUCAACUGAACAACACCAAUGGCGUGUCGAUGGUUAUAGCGAAUAUUGGCGGAUACACGGUUAAAAUUACGGUCAGUGGCAGUCCUAUUUACAUUACCGGAGGAGGUCUAGAGGGGCGCUACAGACUGGAACAGUUUCACUAUCACUGGGGGUUACAGAAUCACCGAGGCUCAGAACAUUCUAUCGAUGGAGUUUAUUUCCCAAUGGAGAUGCACAUCGUUCUAUAUAAUGACAAGUACGCCAACUUCUCUGUGGCUGUACACGAGAAAAAUGGCCUUGCUGUAUUAGCAUUCUUUUUGAAGGUUGCAGAAGAAAACAAAAACAUGUUCCAUAUGAUGAGUCACUUCUUGGACAUCAAGUUCAAAGACGCCAGAAAGCCAAUUGCUGCGUUUCCUAUAGCAUCUUUGUUACCAAAGAAGCUGAAGACCUGGUUCAGAUACGAAGGCAGCCUGACCACGCCCCCUUGCUCUGAAACGGUCACGUGGACUUUAUUUAAAGACGAAAUCCACAUAGCAGAGGCACAGAUCCAGAAAUUUCGCAAUAUCUUGGAAAACGACAGAGGACAAGAAAAUGUGACCCUAGCUGAUAACUUUAGGCCACUGCAGCCGCUAAACAGUCGUAAAGUUUACACCAAUCGUAAAAUUGACACACGCGAGAGCGCACGUUCAAUUACCACCGAGUCCACAACGGAAUAGGCCCUACGCAUUAUAAUGCACGUUGUAGUUGUUGUUGUUGCUAGUAUUAAAUGUGAAUGUAUGUUAUACUACCAAGUCAAAUCCCAUUGACGACAAUAGUAACAUAUGUGGCUAAAAUUCCUACCUAAAGCGUAUCAAUAGACAUAA